AUAGGUUUUUUAAGUACUGGUGACCAAGCUGCAAAAGGCAAUUAUGGAUUGCUUGACCAAAUCCAAGCUCUACGUUGGAUUGAAGAAAAUAUUGGAUCUUUCGGAGGAGACCCAAAAAGAGUUACUAUUUUUGGAUCUGGGGCAGGAGCUUCCUGUGUCAGUCUCCUGACACUCUCUCACUAUUCAGAAGGUUUGUUUCAAAAGGCAAUCAUACAGAGUGGAACAGCCCUGUCCAGCUGGGCAGUGAACUACCAGCCUGCCAAGUACACUCGGAUAUUGGCAGAUAAAGUGGGCUGUGACAUGCUGGAUACCACUGAUUUGGUUGAAUGUCUUCGGAAUAAGAAUUACAAAGAACUCAUUCAACAGACCAUCACUCCAGCCACGUACCACAUUGCCUUUGGGCCAGUGAUAGAUGGAGACGUGAUUCCAGAUGACCCCCAGAUUCUCAUGGAGCAAGGCGAAUUCCUUAACUAUGAUAUAAUGCUGGGUGUGAAUCAAGGAGAAGGUUUAAAAUUUGUGGACGGCAUUGUAGACAAUGAAGAUGGUGUUUCCCCAAAUGAUUUUGACUUUUCUGUCUCAAAUUUUGUGGACAAUCUGUAUGGUUAUCCAGAAGGGAAAGAUACACUGCGAGAGACCAUUAAAUUCAUGUACACUGACUGGGCAGACAAGGAAAACCCCGAAACAAGACGGAAGACCUUGGUUGCUCUUUUCACAGACCACCAGUGGGUUGCUCCGGCUGUUGCUACUGCUGACCUGCAUGCCCAGUAUGGAUCUCCAACAUAUUUCUAUGCAUUUUAUCAUCAUUGCCAAAGUGAAAUGAAACCCAGCUGGGCUGAUUCAGCUCAUGGUGAUGAAGUCCCUUAUGUAUUUGGGAUUCCUAUGAUCGGCCCCACAGAACUGUUCAACUGCAACUUCUCCAAGAAUGAUGUAAUGCUCAGUGCAGUAGUUAUGACAUACUGGACUAACUUUGCCAAAACUGGAGAUCCAAACCAGCCUGUUCCACAGGACACAAAGUUCAUCCACACAAAACCCAAUCGAUUUGAAGAAGUGGCCUGGUCCAAAUACAAUCCUAAAGACCAGCUUUAUCUUCAUAUCGGCCUGAAACCCCGAGUUCGUGAUCACUACCGAGCAACAAAAGUUGCUUUCUGGUUAGAGCUCGUACCUCAUCUUCACAACCUGAAUGAAAUAUUUCAAUACGUUUCCACAACGACUAAAGUACCCCCUCCUGACAUGACAUCAUUUCCUUACGUGACACGACGUUCUCCUGGUAAAUUAUGGCCAGCCACCAAACGCCCAGCAAUGACACCUGCCAACAAUCCCAAACAUUCAAAAGACACCCAUAAAACAGCUCCAGAGGAUACGACAGUUCUGAUAGAAAACAAACGAGAUUACUCCACGGAGCUGAGUGUCACUAUUGCCGUGGGGGCAUCUUUGCUGUUCCUCAAUAUCUUAGCUUUUGCUGCGUUAUAUUACAAGAAGGACAAGAGGCGUCAUGAGACUCACAGACGCCCUAGCCCCCAGCGGAACACAACCAACGAUAUUGCACACAUACAAAAUGAAGAGAUUAUGUCAUUGCAGAUGAAACAGCUAGAACAUGACCAUGAGUGUGAAUCUCUGCAGGCCCAUGACACACUGAGACUAACCUGUCCGCCUGACUACACGCUUACUUUGAGAAGAUCCCCAGAUGACAUCCCACUAAUGACACCCAACACCAUAACCAUGAUUCCAAAUACACUAACAGGAAUGCAGCCUUUGCAUACUUUCAACACCUUCAGUGGAGGACAAAACAGUACAAAUUUGCCUCAUGGACAUUCGACCACUAGAGUAUAGCUCAGCCCUUCCCCCUCAACCCUCACAAGCCACUUGGAAGAAAGAAA